AUGCUCCUGCUUCGGAUCAGCAUCUACGUUUUCUUCCUGAUGUUCGCCGCCUGCUUCAGUGCCCAUCCCAAUCCCAGACGCAAUGAGAUUACCUGGGAGGAUCUGAACAAGGACAUUAGUCUGGACUCCACUACUUCCAUGGUGGGGUUCAAUGCCAGUGAUGCGAGCUUAGAGCAGAGAACGUACGAAAGGAGCAGGGAUUCCAAGUCCCCUCAGCUUUCCAGAUACACUGAGGUGGGGGAAAUGGGGUCUACAAUGCGUGUCUACAAUGUUGGGGUUCUAAUGGCUUCUCAUUUGGAUUCCCCAUUCGAUCUGGAGCGUUGCGGACCGGCCGUGGAUUUGGCCUUGGAUGAGAUCAACAAGGUGUUCCUCAAGCCUCACAACAUAACACUACUGAAAAAGAAGGGAAGCUACCCAUCCUGUUCGGGUGCUAGAGCUCCUGGACUGGCUGCGGACAUGCAUUUCCAGGACGACGUUAUCGCGUUCAUUGGACCAGCCUGCGCCUUUGCCCUUGAGCCGGUGGCCCGGCUGGCCGCCUAUUGGAAUACGCCCAUCAUCACCGGCAUGGGAGAUCAGCCGCCUUCUUCGGAAGGUGAGCUUACGGUCACUUCCGGAAUCCUGGGUAGGAUACACAAGUGGAAGAAUGAGAACACGGGCAUGUUCAAGGACAAGUCCAAGUACCCAAUCACCCGGAUGUCUUACUGCCAGUGCCGACUCAUCCUGGUCUUCGCCAGCGUCAUUCGGCAGUUCAACUGGAAUCACGUGGCCCUGCUGGUGGACAGAUCGGAGCUCUUCUCGUGGACGGUGGGCAAGAAUCUGGAGUACGGUCUGCGGCAGGAAGGACUCCUGAGCUUCGUCAAGGAGCUCAACGGCAACGAGGAGGAGGUGUACGAAAACUAUCUCAAGGAUGCCAGCAUGUAUGCAAGAGUUGUCAUCCUGUCGGUUCGCGGAGUUCUGGUGCGCAAAUUCAUGCUGGCAGCCCACAGCUUGGGCAUGACCAAUGGCGAGUGGGUGUUCCUGGACGUGGAGAUCUUUCAGAGCGAGUACUGGGGCGACAAGGGGUGGGAGAUGAAGGAUGAGCACGACGCCAAGGCGCGUAAGGCGUACGAAGCCCUCCUGAGGGUGAGUCUCCUGCAGCCGACGAGUCCCAAGUUCCAGGACUUUGCCGACAGUGUGAGGGAGAAUGCGCUCUACGAUUACAACUACACGUUUGGCGGGGGCGAGGAGGUGAACUUCUUCAUUGGGGCAUUUUACGAUGGCGUCUACCUGCUGGGCAUGGCCUUGAACGAGACCCUCACCGAGGGGGGUGACAUCCGGGAUGGGGUCAAUAUCACGAGGCGGAUGUGGAAUCGCACCUUCGAAGGCAUCACCGGGCACGUGCGCAUCGACGACAAUGGUGACCGGGAUGCGGACUACUCCAUUCUGGAUCUGGAUCCCAUCAAUGGAAAGUUCUCGGUUGUGGCCCAUUACUCCGGCGUACACAAAGUUUAUUCAGCUGUUCAUGGCAAGAAGAUACAUUGGCCUGGUGGGCGGGAGGAGCCACCGCCGGAUGUGCCUCCCUGUGGGUUCCUGGGAAACUCCACAGACUGUCUCGGAAACUUUUCUACCAUUAUGUACUCCGUGUUUGGACUGGUCCUUUUCCUGGGUCUCGUUUUUCUGGUCAUCUGCCUUCUACAAAAGCAGAUGAAGCUCAGCAAGGAGCUGAACAAUAUGUCCUGGCGUGUGCGACCCGAUGAUGUGCUCAUCGAGAUGGGCGGCAUGUUUGGGUCGAAGGGAGGCUUGCAGCGCCUGGAUGUGGAGAACAUCUCGUUGCAGCAGUUCGGCAUCCACUCGGGACGUGCCUCGAUAGCCAGCUUCACGUCGCUGCCGCCGCAAGUGUACACCACCAUUGGUCAGUUCAAGGGUGAGCGGGUGGCCAUCAAGAAGGUGAACGUGAAGAAGGUGGACCUGACGCCACAGCUGCUCUGGGAGAUCAAGCAGGCGCGGGAUGUGAGCCACGAGAAUACGGUGCGCUUCGUGGGCGCCUGCAUCGAUCUGCCGCGACCCACCGUGCUCAUCCUCACCGAGUAUUGCUCAAGGGGCAGUCUGAAGGAUGUGCUGGAGAACGAGGCCAUCGAGCUGGACUGGAACUUCCGCAUGUCCCUCAUCCAUGACAUUGUCAAGGGCAUGAACUAUCUGCACAACAGCGAUGUGGCUGCCCACGGAAAACUGAGGUCCUGCAAUUGCCUGAUAGACGGACGAUUCGUGCUCAAGAUCUCCGACUUUGGACUAAGAACGUUGACUACGCCCUCUGACUUUGUGCGGGAUCAGAACUACUACUUGAAACUCCUGUGGAUUGCUCCGGAACUCCUCCCACUGACCUCCAUACCUGGUUGCUGUCCAGCCACGCAGCGCGGCGAUGUGUACUCCUUUGGCAUAAUUCUGGAGGAGAUCGUCAAUCGUGGUGGACCCUACCAGGAGGCGCGCCAGCAGAUGGACGUUCACACGAUCCUGCACAAGGUGCGCCAGUGCAAUGGCUUCCGUCCGCUUAUCAGGGAGCGCGAGUGUCCUCCGGAUCUGCUGGAGCUGAUGGAGAAGUGCUGGGCAGACAACCAGGAGGAGCGGCCCACCUUCUCCACCAUACGCAGCAAUAUUCGCACUAUAAUGAAAGGCUUCUGUGAAAAUCUGAUGGAUGAUCUACUAAAUCGCAUGGAGCAGUAUGCCAACAAUCUCGAGAGCCUCGUCGAGGAGAAAACGCGCCAAUUGAGCCUGGAAAAGCAGCGCACGGAGGAGCUGCUCUACCAAAUCCUACCGCGUCCUGUGGCCCAGCAAUUGAUGGCCGGCGAUCUCGUGGAGCCGGAGGAGUUCAGCAGCGUGACCAUAUACUUUAGUGACAUCGUCGGCUUCACCGAACUGUGCGCCCGCAGCAGUCCCAUGGAUGUGGUCAACUUUCUGAACGACUUGUACAGCACCUUUGACCGGAUCAUUGGCUUCUACGACGUUUACAAAGUGGAAACGAUUGGUGAUGCCUAUCUGGUGGUUUCUGGACUGCCGGAGCCCAAUGGUGACAAGCAUGCUCGCGAGAUUGCUCUCAUGGCGCUGGACAUCCUUCGAGCAGUCAGCUCCUUUAAUCUCCGCCAUAAGCCGGAGUACAAGAUCCAGAUACGCAUUGGAAUGCAUUCGGGUUCCGUGUGCGCCGGCGUCGUUGGCAAGAAGAUGCCACACUAUUGCCUGUUUGGAGACACGGUUAACACGGCGUCCAGAAUGGAGAGCACUGGCCAGCCGGGCAAGAUUCAUGUGUCCUCGGCCACCAAGGCCAUCCUGGACAAGUUCGGCACCUUCCAAAUGGAGCAGCGCGGCGAUGUGGAGCUGAAGGGCAAGGGCACGGUCACCACCUACUGGCUGAAUAGCACCUCCGAGGGCGAGGCACGUCCUCCCACUCCGCAGAUCCUGACCACCGACGAGGUGCCCUUCCCGCUGCUCUUCGCCGGCAUGGGAAAGUAG